AUGAGCGACAACCAGCAGCCGCAGCAGCAGGGUGGUAACCCUCCCAGCGACAACAACAGCAACAACAACAAUCAGCAGGAGGACUACCUUGACAAGGGUACAGCACAACACAAUGAACUCCCAAACUGCAUUUGUUUUAAAAGAUAUCGAAUAACUAACUCAGUGCUUUCCUUUUUUUAUUUUGCUACAGGCCUCGACGCCCUCGAGAGGAAGUUUGGCCACGGCAAGAUCGACCCCGCCAAGAUGCGCGACACCAACGAGAAGAUCACCGAUGCGGUGCGCGAGGGGUUUGAGCAGUGGACUGGGUGUGCAUGUUGUACCUACAAAAGCACAGAUAUUACUACGUAG